GUUGUCUAUUUAAACCUAUUUAGAUCUUUAUAGCUUCCACGACGCUUAAUUUACAAGAGUACUCCCCACGGGGUUAAAUGAGAACCACCUUACCUUUAAGACUAACGAGUGAAAAAGACUCUUGCUCCUCUUAAAGAGGCGGUGCUGGGAAAUAUCUGCUCUUGGCACAAGUUCCUGGGAAGGCUGUCCAGGGGCGUGAAUUCCCUCCACCAGCUCCAAAACAUUGGGGGGAAAGGGGAGAGAGACAGAGGAAGAGAGAAACAGAUAUCUGCACUCAAUGAGAAGGACGACUGGUCCCAAGGAAGAUCCUCUAGAAAAGUAUUUUUUAAACUGCAGCCGGAUUUUCAGUCGAGGUGCUCCUCCCGUUGUUUAAAUGAUGACGAUGCCCCAGCAUUGCCGCUCCCCUAUCCUCGCCUCUUCGCUCUGGUUGGCAUCCGUUGCUAUGAUGGUGCAGCCCGCGGAAUCCUCAGCAGGUAACUACAGGAGACCGGUCCCGGGGGGGAAAGCUCAAGGGUUCACGGAAAGGACGCUUAUUCUCCUUGACGUGAACACUAGGAGUCCCAUUAAGACUCUGAAUGCAAACUUCCUUUCCCUGCAAUUGGACCCUUCUGUCAUUCAUGACGGCUGGCUCGACUUCUUAAGUUCCAAGCGAUUGGUGACGUUGGCAAGGGGUCUUGCCCCAGCCUAUCUGAGGUUUGGGGGGAAAAGGACAGACUUUCUUUACUUCCACAACCUAAAGAAUCUGGCCAAGCAUAGAGGAGGCCCGGGGCCAGACUACUACCUGAAGAACUAUGAAGAUGAUAUUGUGCGAAGUGACAUUGCCCUGGACAAGCAGAAGGGCUGCAAGCUGGCCAGUCACCCAGACAUCAUGCUGGAACUGCAGAGAGAGAAGGCUGCACAGAUGCAGCUGGUCCUGCUCAAAGAGCAAUUCUCCAACAUCUACAGCAACAUCACAAUAACAGCCAGGUCUCUAGACAAACUCUACAACUUUGCCGACUGUGCCGGGCUGCACCUCAUUUUCGGGCUCAAUGCCCUGCACCGAAACCCUGAUAACUCCUGGAAUGGAUCCAGCGCCCUGAGCCUCCUCAAGUACAGUGCUAGCAAGAAGUACAACAUCUCCUGGGAGCUGGGCAACGAGCCCAACAGCUACCAGGCGAUGGUAGGGUGUACUGUAAACGGCAGCCAGCUGGCUCGGGAUUACCUCCAGCUGCGGAACCUUCUGCAGUCAGUGCGCUUCUACAACAACCGCGCCAGCCUCUAUGGACCCAACAUUGGGCGGCCAAGGAAGACCGCCAUACUGCUGUUAGACGGGUUCUUGGAGACUGCAGGCUCUGCUGUAGAUGCAGUUACAUGGCAACAUUAUAACAUUGACGGGCGGGUUGCCAAGGUUGCUGAUUUCAUGAAGACUCGUCUGCUGGACACUCUUACAGAGCAGAUCUCCAAAGUGCUGAAGGCUGUGAAGACUCAUGCCCCAGGUAAGAAGGUGUGGCUUGGUGGAGUCGGGCCAGCCUGGACUGGGGGCACCAACAACCUAUCAGACACCUAUGCAGCUGGCUUCCUGUGGCUAAAUACACUGGGAAUGUCUGCAAUGCAAGGAAUUGACGUUGUCAUACGGCACUCAUUUUUCAACUAUGGGUACAAUCAUUUGGUUGACCAGAACUUCAACCCUUUACCUGAUUACUGGCUGUCGCUGCUCUUCAAGCACUUGGUGGGUCCCCGCGUGCUGGCCGUGCACGUUGCUGGUCUGCAGAGGAAACCCCGACCUGGCAGAGUCAUCCGGGACAAACUGCGCAUCUACGCACAUUGUACCAGCUUCCAAAAUCACAAUUAUGUGCGAGGAUCCAUAACUCUCUAUAUUAUCAACCUUCACCGAUCAAGAAAGAAAAUUAAACUGGCUGGGACUCUCCGAGACAAAACAGUGCAUCAGUACCUGCUACAGCCCUACGGGGUAGAAGGUCUGCAGGCAAAGUCUGUCCAGCUAAACGGAGAGCCUCUCAAGAUGUUGGACGAUGAAACUUUCCCAGAGUUAAAACCCAAGAGGCUGCACUCUGGACGUACAAUCGUCAUGCCGUCAAUGACAAUCGGUUUCUACGUGGUCAAGAACGUCAACGCAUACGCCUGCCGCUACAGAUAGCUGCUGCCCUGCCACCCCCCAUUCCGAGACCUGAAUUCACAGACCGUUCUUAUCCUUCCUGCUUGCCCAGGGGAACAUUCCUUUAGUCAGUCAAGCAAAGUGUCGGCUUUUUAGAAAAAAAAAGGGACUAGGAUCCUGGUCACCUUCACUUAUGCUGCUUUCUUACACAGACUGAUCAGUGAAACGAGCCCCUCUAAAGCAUAACUAGCAUAGCUAGCAUACCAAGUUCACAGCAUUGACAUUACAAAUUAUGACUUUUGUUGUCCCCAUUUCCUAUUUGCCCGUGGCAGCAGGUCGCUGGGUGAAAACACUUCAGGGUGAUAAAAUGCAGUGUAAAAACAGGUUAUGUGUGGGUAAUAAACUGAUAGGCAUCACUGUAAGGCUACUGAAAGGAUGGGUGACUGGGGCAGAAUCAGUAACCCUUAACGACAGCAGCCGAUGUACAAGGAAUAUUGCUCUUGGCAAGCUGGAUGGAUUAUCAUAUUCUCUAAGACACACACACUGAGAGACACACAUUGAGACACACACACACACUGAGACACACACACCAUUUUCAUUGAGGGUGCAUGUGAUUAGUACAAAACCUCUUUAUGGAGGGAAGCAGAGUCAUAAGUUUCCUGCUGAGUGAGGUUCAAAACCAACAACAAAAAACCUGCUUUGUUUCAAGUAUUGCAAUCUGCAAGGGAAGCAAGACUGCAUUCUGUCUGGGUUCAUUCUCUGUCGCACACAUUCUCUCCUCACAAGCACAGCUUCUCUGGGACAGUAGCAGGAGAACACACCAGUGUGUUCUCCAUUCACAGGACCUGUGUGGAUUCUGCAGGAGUGUCUGAGAGGAUUAGUUCAACCACAGGAAAGGCAAGCCACUGCACAGCCAUGUUAUGCUGCUUUCUCUUCUCUUAAUAUGCAGUGUUAGAAAUCUCAAACUUUCCUUGCAACAUAGCCAUGUCGCUGUAGACAUCUGGCACUAUUUAAAUAGUGGCAAAAUCUGCAUAAUAAAAUACGUUUUAUGAUAUAAUCUUAAUAGAAGACAUAUGCACUGUGCUGUAUAACUGUUAGAACCCCAGUGGUUUAGCUGAACAUUGUUUGCAGAUUGUAGGAACUUGCUACAGCACAUUUUCCCUCUACUGCAGCUCUGUGUGAAGUUUCCUGCAUACCUGGCCUAAUCUUAAAAAGGGAAAUGGGAGAAGAUUGGAAAAAAAAUGCUGAGAAGAGGUAUUGUAAGGGCAUGGACGGCCAUCAACUGUGUGCUCCAGGGCAAAGAUGUUUGUAUUUCAGAGGUUAAUAUAUAUAUAUAUAUAUAUAUAUAUAUAUAUAU